ACUACCGUAACCUUUCAGGGGUGGGUGGUUCGGUCCGACCAAGGAAUCAUGCGAUCACGCCCGUCAUGGUUCUUCCCGACCCAACGACAUGCUCUCUCGAGUUCGGUGUGUCAGAGAUAGAUCGGCCUUUUGCUCACUUCGGUACCUCCUCCUCGACCAUCCAUGUCGAUCUCUAACCACCGCGUCCAAUCCGCAGUUGCGGAGGAGUGACGACAUCUUCCGUUGGAACUCGGCCAUCACCAGUUCCUUCAACGACGGCAAGGUGGAGAGCGCAUGGCAGUUCUUCGAGCAAAUGCCGCGCAGGAACCUGAUCACCUGGAACUGCAUGCUCACCGGCCUCGUCAAGAAUCGCAGGAUCGCCGACGCGCAGCGGGUGUUCGACUCGAUGCCCAGAAAGAACGUCGUUUCCUGGACCGUGCUGCUGACCGGGUAUGCCAAGUGCGGGCUGAUAGACGAGGCGCGAGAACUGUUCGACAGAAUUCCCGAUAGGAACGUGAUCUGCUGGAAUUCGAUGGUGUCAGGGUACAUCAACAAUGGUAAGAUUGGGAAGGCGCGAGAGGUGUUUGAUGAUAUGCCGGUGAGGAACAACGUCUCGUGGUCGAUCAUGAUUACUGGCUACCUGAAGAACAGACUCAUUAACGAGGCACGGGUUUUGUUCGAUCAGGCUGCAGGUCAUUCGACUUCCACUUGCAACGCUCUGUUAUCUGGGUAUGUUGACCUAGGUCGUCUCCAGGAUGCAGAGGACUUGUUUGGUCAGAUGACCCAAAGGGAUGUGGUCUCUUGGAACACAAUGAUUACUUGUUAUUCACGAGCUGGGAAGAUGGAGCUUGCUCAGCACCUGUUCGAUGAGACGCCUGAAAAGGACAUUGUGUCAUGGACAGCACUUAUGCAUGGUUAUUUGCGGAACAGAAAUAUUGAAGCUGCACAGAGAAUAUUUAAUGAGAUGCCUGAUCAUGAUGUCAUGACAUGGAACACGAUGAUGGGAGGAUUCAUCCAGAAUGGCAUGCUGGAGGAUGCUCUGAGAUUGUUUGCUGACAUGCCUAAUAGAGACGUAGUGUCCUGGAAUACUAUCUUGCAGGGUUACAUUCAACAGGAUGAUAUGGCUGGUGCAAAAUGCUGGUUUGAUAAAAUGCCACAAAGAAGUGAGACUUCAUGGAACACAUUGAUUUCUGGAUACAGAAGUGAUGAGGCAUUGGUUUUGUUCUGUAAUAUGAUCAGAGAAGGAUUUAAGCCGGACCAAGGCACAUUCAGUGUGGUAAUUUCAGUGUGUGCUUCUCUUGUUGCUCUUGGCUGGGGGAGAAUGGUCCACCUGUGUGUGAUUCGAGUUGGCUAUCAGCAUGAUGCAUUGGUCAUGAGUUCAUUAAUCUCAUUGUACUCUAGGUGUGGGUUGAUCAGUGAAGCAGCUCUAAUAUUUGAGUGCAUUAUAAAGCGGGAUACUAUCACAUGGAAUGCCAUGAUUGCAACAUAUGCUUACCAUGGGUUUGCAAUGGAAGCUUUCAAGCUUUUCGAUGAAAUGAUUCGAAAUGGGUUUAAUCCAGAUCAUGCAACAUUCUUGAGCCUCUUGCUCGCAUGUUCUCAUAAAGGUUUGGUUAACGAAGGGUGUCAAUAUUUUGAUUCUAUGCAGAAGGAUUGGAAUUUUAUUCCCAAACCCGAACAUUAUUCAUGCAUGGUUGAUCUCCUUGGAAGAUCUGGCCUUGUUACUCAAGCUCAUGAAUUUACCAAAAUAAUACCAGUACAGCUUCAAACAACUGCUUGGGAAACUUUAUUAAGUUCAUGUAGAUAUUAUGGGAACUUGGAGCUGGGAGAAGUAGCUGCAAAAAGGGUUUUGGAUGCUCGACCUCCUGAUGGAGGAAUGCAUGCUCUUAUAUCAAAUAUGUAUGCUGCAAAAGGAAUGUGGAAGAGUGCCGAAAGUGUUAGAAUGUUGAUGAAAGACCGAGGUCUAAAGAAACAGACUGGGUGCAGUUGGAUUGAGGUGAAGGGGAAAAUGUGCUCCUUUGUAUCUAAUGAUAAAUCAGAUCCUUUCAUUGAGAAGAUAUGCCAAGAACUAGACAAUCUUACAUUCAUAAUGGAGGGUGCCAGCUGAUUAAUCAUCGAUAAAGAUGCCUCUCCUUUGUUAGUUUAUUACGAAAUUUUCUGCUACAAAAUGUGCUCCAAGAUAUCAAAGAGGAAAUGUUGAAGCAGUUUAUCUCAGAAAGGCAAGAACACAGAACAGGAAAAGAGAGCCUGUAAGACUACCUCAUCUUUAAGGCCUGUAACUGAGGUAGAAACAUCAAACCAAACCCUACCUUUUGCAAGCAACUAUAGACAAAGGUUAGCAGCGAAAAGAAAGGUUGCAUACCAAGGAUUGGCUGCAACUGAAGGUGUCCUGUACCAGAUGUCUUGUCUGUACAAGAGCUUGAUGAGAGCAGAUAUGACCUCUUUUUUGCAUGUUUACAUACUGAUAUUGGAUGGUGACAGCUAUUGUUGUUGUAUCAACAGUGGAUCAGCAAGAUGAUGUGCCAUUUCUUCUUUAUGCCUGAAAUCUUUUUUACAAAGAUAGAAGACUACAUUGGAGGGAAGCUUUGAUAAGAUGGUAUUGGCUUGUGCAGAGGAAAAGGCUCUGAAAAGGUCAUUCAUUUUGCAGAAAUAUGGUCAAAAUCAGAUCACAGCAUUUUGUAAUAGCUUCAGCAAAAUAAAAAAAGCUUAUUGAUCUUGUUACCGUUCAUAUUUAGGCGAAGAAUAAAGGAAUGCUAAUGACGCAUGAUGCUGUUGUUCUUUGUGCAGUUCAUGCAAUUCUUUCUGGUUUUCUUGGGCCUUUUAUCUUCUCUGUGACAUGUUCUGUGUUCUCCAAUUUUGGGGUAAAAAAAACUUUGUACAUCAUUCAUGCUUGGAGUUGUUUUGUGAUGUUGAAUCGAAAUUGGAUUUCUUUAGCAUUCA